AUGGAAAAAACGUUGAGUCAGAUGCAUGAGAAGAAGAAGGGUGUGAUAUGGAAAUAUGACCUAGGAAAAUGGAAGAAUUUUGAACAGUCACAGGUUUUUGGAACAAAAAGGUGGUUGUGGUUUCUACCAAUGAUUUCAAAAGAGGAUUUGGAAAACAUUCCGGCACUUAAAGGCCUUGAUUUUCCAAAAACCAGUAAUAGGGUGCAUUUUGUGAAGAACCUAAUUCGGGAGGUUGCUGGGUUUGCACCAUAUGAAAAAAGGAUCACCGAGCUUUUAAAAGUUGGGAAGGAUAAACGUGCUCUAAAGGUCGCUAAGAGAAAGCUGGGGACACAUAAACGGGCUAAAAAGAAGCGUGAGGAGAUGGCCAAUGUCCUCAGGAAGAUGAGAUCUUCUGGAGUCUCUGAGAAGAAGAAAUGAUGAUUUUGGGACUUCAUGAAGCGUCUCAGUGAUUGUCCGUUGUUGAAUGAGAUUCUUCCCGAGUUGAUAUUCAUAGAUAUCUUUAAGUUGGCGUUUGACGAGCAUGAAGUUCAUGGUGGUGGAGAGGCUAGAGGAGGUACUCCCGAAGGGAGCAACAAUACGAUACGACGUUCUAAUGCAGACGGCGCUGAUAUCAAGGAUGCCGACAACGACGAUGACGGGGAGUGAGUGGGACUUGUUCUUAUAUUUAUGUAGUUUUCAAUCGUGUGAAGAUAUAUUAUGACUUUUGAAUUCUACCUAUAUGUAAUGUAUUUGUGAUUUUAUUGCGUAGUGAAUGAAUAUUAUUUGAGCAUGCGAAAUGUAUUGUGAUUAUAUGAUGAGUAUUGUUCGAUAUUGUGGAUUGACAGAUGAAAUUGGAUGAGUAUUCAUUUGGAAUGUGCAUGUAUAUCAUGGUUGAUUUUA